UUGGCACGAGCAUUUUCCCGCCAUCUGCGAAAACCAUAUAUGCAUGAAAACAGCGCUUAUCACGGCAGUCCGCGCUCUACCGCCGGAACAACCGCGCUGUGCCUCAUGUAUCUAAAUAACGUUAUAAAGUUCACAUAAAGUGACAUUAAAUAAUGUGAUAUUACUGUAAGAAAACCCUGUGAUAUUGAUUUAAUUUUUAACCUUAUAAAAGUGAAUAUUCAGUCAUAAAAUGGCUAAGGAGGCAAACGACACCACGCCAUUUGUUUACAAUGGCACAACCACGCCCGUCAUCUCCAAAACCCCGUUACCUCAGAAGCCUAACAACAGCAAAGCUGGUAGAGGCAAAGCCCUUAGACAAAUCCUAGCGUCUUUAGUGGCCAAUUUGGGAACUAUCAAUACUGGCAUGGCAUUUGGGUUCUCCGCUACGGUGCUGCCGCAGUUAAAGAGCAAUGAAUCUAGUAUACAUAUCACAGAAACUGAAGCCAGUUGGAUUGCCAGUCUCAGCGCGGCCGGCACGCCCGUGGGCUGCCUGCUCAGCGGCUAUCUUAUGGAUGUGAUCGGCCGCCGCCUGACGCUCUUGAUCACCGAAGUGCCGCUGAUCCUCGGGUGGCUACUCAUCGCUUUUGCUUGCAAUAUCCCCAUGAUCUAUGUCGGCAGGCUGAUGAUAGGACUCGGGUCCGGGAUGGUGGGCGCUCCGGCCCGCGUUUACACUUGCGAAGUAUCGCAACCGCAUCUACGAGGCAUGCUGGGUGCAUUGGCAUCUGUCGGGGUAUCCACGGGUGUUUUAAUAUCGUACGUGAUCGGCAGCAUGACAGCAUGGAACAUCCUAGCCGGAGUGAGCGCCAUCGUCCCCAUGCUGUCACUCCUCGGCAUGCUGUUGCUGCCAGAAACGCCCAACUACCUGCUGUCCCAUGGCAAUCGAGACCGCGCCGAGAGCUCGCUAGUGAAGCUGCGUGGGUCCACCUGUGACAUCGACGAGGAGAUACAGAGGAUGAUCGCCUUCAAGGAGAAGAACCAUGUAGAACCGUUAUCGAGUGUGAAAGACUACAUCAAGGCGCUGCUGUCCCCGUCUGCGCUGAAGCCGUUUGCUAUCUUGGCCGUGUACUUCUUCAUCUACCAAUGGUGCGGCGUCAACACCAUCACCUUCUUCGCCGUUGAAGUCUUUAGGGCCUCAGGCGCAACCAAGGAGAACCAGUAUUGGUUGACAAUAGCUAUGGGCAUAGUGCGGCUCAUAUUCACGGUGGUCGGUUGCAUACUGUGCCGGCGCUGCGGACGGCGGCCGCUUACAUUCGUCUCAGCGGUGGGCUGUGGCUCGACGAUGAUCGUGCUGGCGGUCUACAUGUACUUCGUCGAGCAGUGGAAGCAGGCCGGCGUCGCGCCGAUGUACGCCUGGAUCCCCGUGGCGGCCAUCUUCAUAUUCAUGAUAUCCUGUACCCUGGGGUACCUCAUCGUGCCUUGGAUCAUGAUUGGCGAGGUGUAUCCCACGCAGGUUCGUGGCAUAGUGGGGGGCAUGACGACGACAGCUGCCCAUCUCUCUGUGUUCUCCGUUGUCAAGACAUUCCCUUUUCUCAAGGAUGCGCUCAACUAUUAUGGCGCCUUCGCCGUUUACGGUGCCAUGUCUAUUGGUGGCAUCGCUUUCUUCUACAUAUUCCUACCUGAAACGAAAGGCCGUACUCUUCAGGAAAUAGAAGACUACUUCUGCGGCAGAACUAAAACUCUCAAACAACCCAAUAAGACCGAGGGCGCGUUAUCAACGUAGUACAAAUUUUAUAUUUCAAAUUGCAUUUCGUGCGUUUCAGUCAGGCGUUUUGUAUGUUAUGUUCUCGAGGUAAGGAAACGUUUGGUAGACAUGAUCUUUUUCUAUGCAUUUGACAAACGAUUUAAAUGCUAAGAUAUUUAGCGCCAGGUAUCUUUCAGUUAAUGUAAAAAUCUAUCAAUAGUUGAAAUAUAUUAGAACUACCUACCUACAGCUACGGAACCGCCGAACCUCAGAAAACUACCAUUUUAUAAAUAGGUAUGAUCACGCUUUCUUUGUGAAGUACCUACAAUGUAAAGUAUAUUAUGUUACCUACGUCACUGACUCAGUAAAUAUUUUAAAUGAAUGCAUGUAUAAGUACGAAUGAAAAUUUCCUUCUAACUUUAACACAAAUGAAACAAAUGCCUUACAUACGUAAAGUACGUCUACUUAACCUUUAUAUUGUAGGUAAGGAUCGUGUAGAAAAUAAAGAGAUUUAAACUAAACAAGUAUUAUAAAAAAUAUUCCUACGUUUAAGUAGUCACUAGUCUACUGGUACACCUUGUAUAGAGUUAGCAAAAAUGUGCCAUUAAACAAAUAUUUUAUUAAGAUUUUGUUAUACUUACAGUUUGUAUUUGAUUUUAUAUUAACAUAUGUAGCUUUCCAUCAGAGAAGGGUCCUUAUGCGCCAUCUGCAAUAAGGACGUUUCUAUCAGAAUUUCUGUUGACAUUUCAGAUGAAAACGUCCUUAUUGCACUUGAAGCAUAAGGACUUUUCUGUGAUGGGCAGCAACAUAUAUUCCAAUGG